AUGCUGCUCAACGCCGAGACUGCUAUCUCGACCUCCAAGGUCCUUCUCGUCCCAUAUUCCCCAUGGCACGUUCCCCGCUACCAUGAGUGGAUGCAAGACGAGGAAAUCCAAGAAGCAACAGCCUCAGAACCAUUAACACUAGAAGAAGAAUACACCAUGCAACGCAGCUGGCGCCAAGACGCAGACAAGCUGACCUUCAUAACCUGCCGACCCGUAUCACAGUCAGCCAAAAUCACACUUCGUCCCGAGGACGAGUCUGCCGAAAACAUGAUCGGAGACAUCAACCUCUUCCUCCGCAUCGAGGACGGAGAAGAAGGAGAUGCACCCCCGCAGAUCGUGGGCGAAAUCGAGCUAAUGGUAGCCGAGAAACUGAAUCAGCGUCGUGGAUUCGGGAAAGCUUCACUUUUGGUUUUCUUGAGAUACGUUGCGGAGAAACAGGCGGGUAUUCUGCGGGAGUUUGUUGGUGGUCUUGACGAGGAGGAGAGGAAGAAGUUGGCACAGGCUGCUGGUGGGGAGGAGUUGCGUUUGCAGUGGCUAAGUGUUAAGAUUGGAAAGGAGAAUGCUAGGAGUUUGGCGCUGUUUGAGAGCUUGGGAUUUGUUAAGGUUUCUGUUGAGCCGAAUUUCUUUGGGGAAUUCGAGUUGAGAAGGUUGGACUUGGGGGUUAGGGGAUUUGUGGAGGCUUUGGGCGAUGCGAAGGUUGAGGGCUAUGUUGAAUUGGAUUAUGAGCGAAAGGAAUAG